CUCUUCCGUACACACGGAAAAAGGUUUAUCCAGGUCCAGGCAGCAGUUUAGCCGAGCUCGCUGUCAGACAGUGAAUUGUGUGUGUUAUGAAUGUUUUAAUCUGUAGAUGAUCAUAGACAAAUUCACAUCAUGAAGCUCUUCAGGCUCUCUGCGCAUCCAGCUGCGGUGGCCUAUUCAAUGACCACUCUCGGGUCCAGCAUGAUGAACAGCAUCUUCAGCUUCUACUACGUGAAACUCUUCCUAAACAAAUACAGGAUAUCUGAAUCAGCCUUCCACCAGUCUCAGGUGGUCUACAUGAUUUGGAACGCAUUGAAUGACCCACUGUUUGGAUACCUUCAGGACAACUCAAGCAUGUCCUGCUGUUCUUUACGAAGACUGUCCAUCCUGUAUGGUGCUCCAUUUUACAGCUUGGCCUUCCUGCUGGCCUGGUUCCCUUGGAGGACCUAUGAAUCCGGGGACUGGAUGAGUGGAGCACACCUGGUAGUCACACUAUGCGCCUUUGAUGGCAUGCUGACCUUCGUGCUGCUGGCUCAGUGUGCCCUGUUUGCAGAGAUCUCGGAGCAUCACCAGAACAGACUGAGGCUGAUUAAAUACAACCAGGUAGCGUCUCUGCUGGGCUCCUCCAGCGUGCUCUUCUGCGGCCUUAUCUCCAACAACAUGGACAACUUUGCCGCCUUUCAGGGCUUCUGCUUUUUGGUGGCCCUGCUGGGCUGCGCCUGCAUGGUCUACACCGGCUUCUACAGCGAGGGCCGCUUUGAUAAAAAAGGCUCGGACCCGAACCUUCAGCAGCCUACCCUCUCCCUGUCCGCGGUGACCACCAUGACGUGGCAGAUUGUCACCAACAGAGACUUCCAGCUGUUUGUGGUGAUGAACUUCUUCCAGGUCUUCAUGCUGGCUUUCUGCAACAAUUUUGCCAUGAUCUUUGCAGAACAUCUCAUACCUCCCAAUGUCCUUCCGUCGCUGGCCAAGAGCAUCAUGUACGGAGCUGGAUUCAUCUUCCCUCAGUUGCUGGUGUUGGGCAGUCAAAAUCUGCUUCACAAGUUUGGGUACUACCAGCUGAUCCUCAUGACCUUCUACAUGGAGGCCGGUGCUGCUGCAGUAAUGCUGCUGCUUGGGCCGAGCCACUACUACUGCCUGGCUCUGUUCAUCACUGCCAACAUGGUUUUGGUCCAGGCUGCUUUCAGUCUCUUUGGCCUUCCACUGGCGGACAUCAUUGACUCAGACUUGCAGAAGUACAAACGCAGCUCUCCACUCUCCUCUAUGGUUUUUGGCACAAAUGCUCUUUUCACCAAACCCGCUCAGUCGCUGGCGCCCAUGCUGGUGGUGUCUAUUCUCAAUCAGUACGGCUAUGAGGAGAUAAAGGAAGGCAAUGUUACAGACCCGAGUGCACUCCAGGCUCUUCACAGCACCAUGUUCUACUUGGUUUGUUUGGUACCAGUGUGUGUGACCGCUCUACAGGUUCUCGCAUGGACACCGUUCUCCAUCAGGAGCAGUCAUACAACAGACUCCAAGUACACAGAGGGAUGAUUUUACACAAUUUUUACACACCUACAGAUACAGUGUCAUAGAGGCCCUAUAUCAGAAAGAGCUUCUGUAGCAGCUAUAGAGAACGUAAGGGUGUGGGGGAGUAAUUGAGGUUUUUAGAAGGAGGUUUGUGGGGUUUGUGGUGAAAUCUUUAAAAAUGUAUUACUGAAACAUAACUGGACUGAUGUUUAUGCUGUGAGUACGGUUAGAAAAGACUUUUUCUGCUCAGUAGAAAGUACUGUACUGUAUUGAACUAGCAGACCUGCUUAGAUGUACACAUUGAGGAUUAGCAAAUGUUCCGGGCAGAUGUGAAUGGAUCUGUUGGCUAAGGUGGUGCUAUAGCAUUAUAAUCAUCUGGGGCCUCAUGUACUAAGACUUAGGAUCCCAUAUAAAUGUUGCAUACAGUCAGAGCUGAAAAGUUCCUUUUGCACAAAACAAUUCAUUCUCAAUUGCAUUUUUAGUGCAUCAUCCUUAAGUGUUGCUAAAACAUAUUAGAAAUGUACGUACAAAAUGAAACUGGCAUGGGGGAACCUACAUUUUUGUAAAAUUGGACAGCAGUGAAAAAUGAGUGGAAGCAGAUCAGUUAGAUAAUUAAAAAGAGACUUUUAACUUGGUGUGUUUACAUGCACUCAGAAAUUGUUCAUAAUCAAGUUACAGCACGUAUCAGAUCAUUCAAUUGUUGUGUAAACGGCAUAAUUUGAUUUUUAGAUUAAACCAGAUGUUCAGACCUUUUCCUCUUGAGGCCCACUUAUCAUCCCAUUUGUCCAGAUCUUUUCUUUUAAUUGGCUAAAAAAAUAUAUAUAUUUUUAAAUUCAUUUAGGUCAUUAAGGGAAUUUUUUUUUUUUUUUUUUGCAUUAAAGAAAAGUGCCAGCAAGCAGAUGCAAAGCAAAAAUCAGUUUUUUACUUGACCAGAUUAUAAGGCACACCAGAUUAUAAGGUGCAUUAUGAGGCACCAUGUUUUUCUUCUAAUUCAGCAGGUCUCACCGCUGGGUUGUUGUUGUGGUGGGAGGGAGUAACUAAGUUGAGUAAAGCUAAGCUAAGUAAACAAAACUGUAAUUUUCUUUUUAGUCAAAGGUGCGCUUGUUGAUCUACACAGAUUUCUCUUAUGAAAACGGUUUAUUUGGGUGAGUAAAGCACUUUCAUUUGUUUACAGUAAGUUUAGAUUUCCAGAUUUAAAUUAAGACUGGGUGCAGCAGUAAUUGCAUUAUGAGCUAAUUGCCCGACAGCGCUACACUGAGGAGCCCUAAGUGUUCUGGUAAAGCCAGGGCAAUAUUAGCAUGUGGUUCAUCCCACAUAGCUUGUUUUAACACAGUAAAAAUGCAUGCAGCGCUUAGCGCAGUUAGUGGCUAAUGCUGCUUCAGCAGUGCUAGCAGGGGUUAGCAGUAGUCUACAGACCGAUAAUACUCAUCGCUGAAUGGCUAAAGAGCUAGCGCUUAGCGUGGUUAGCGGCUAAUUCUAAUGCUACUUCAGCUUGGUGCUGGAGAACUAAACUGAUACUCCUGUACAAUGCUGCACUUCAGCGGAGUGGCUUUACUGCUCCUUAAUACCUGACUGGUAGAAUUUAUACAUAAGACACACUGUCGAUUUUUGGAAAAAAUUAAGGAUUUUAAGUGUACCUAUAGUGUGAAAAAUACAUACGUACGUAAUCACUUGUCUAAACAAAUGUUUCACAGUAAUUGGAUUAUAAAGAGCAUGUGAACACACUCAAUAUAUAAAAAAGCGCAUCUACUCAGACCAAUGUAUUCAGUCUCUGAUCACUAUAAAAUAUCAUUAUUUGAGCAGAUCUUGUUGACUUUUGUUUGUUUGAUGACUUCAUAAGUUUGUGUGUGAGUAUUUGUCUCUGAAUGAAAGUGAGGCUCAGGUCUGAGUGAUCUGAAAGCAGUAGAUGUGAUGUGAAAUUAAAGCUGUUUGAGGCUAUACUCCAUGUGUAUUUGAUGGGAAAUGCUGCUCAGGAAUGGACCUCAGCAGUUUCCUCCAAUGGGAAUCCUCUAAACUUAUAGGUUAAUUCAUAAUUCAUAUAUUAUAAAAUCUGUGUGAGAAAAGAGAACAUUUUGGUAACAAUUUCUGUGAUUCAUCAUAACUAUCAGACUCUUUGAACACAAUUAUAAUAUUUUAUGAUGCAUUCAUAAGGCAUUAUAAACAUGUUUUUUUUUUUUUAAAUAAAUGCAUAGCACAAUAUAAGCCAUAUUUAUUAUGCAUUAUGAAUUGUGACAUAAUGCAUCAUAAGCUGUGUUUAUAACAUGUGAUGCAUCAUUCUGCACACAUUAUGACUAACACAUAUAUCUUCCUACCAUGGACAUACUGAGUCAUGCUAUUAUUUAUUUAUAUAUUUCAUAUAAAUGAAAAUGAAAAUUAUUAUUUCUAAAUAUAUAUCUGCUUAUCUUGAUAAAUCUUGAAUAUAAUAAGAGCUUAUAGUAAUUAAUGAUGUACUAUAACAUACGUAUUUGUACACUUCACAUUAUUUACAUUACGAAUGUAUUAUAAUUAUAGUUAUGAAUGUGUUUAUGGAGUCUCGUAUACAUGACAUUCAUGGACUGUGUUACCUAUAUUUUUAUAAAACUAAUAAAAACUUUAUAAAAAUUCUACGGAAAUUUUGAACAGUUGUUUACAAAAGCUGAGAUGAUUGUAGAGGUUCUUAAAAGACUUUUAUACAGAUUAAGUUCUCUACUUACACUUUACGAAUGUGUAAAGUGGUGUUCUAUGCAUUUAUUAUAGGAAUACUUCUUAUUCUUAUUGUUCAGAAUAAAGUCUAUGCUUUCUAUAUAAUUAUGACAGCCUCUGUUUUUUUUUUACAUUGUGAUUGUUUUAGGAUUUUGUGAAAUUUGAGAAUUAAUAAUAAACACUGAGAAGGAUAAAUAAAAAAAAA